AUGGCUGAAUAUCUUCAUUCGCGUCACAUUGGGGGCCCCAGCUCCGUGGACCCCCCUCUUAGCCAGGCUUAUGGAUAUGGCAUCAUUCUAGGCCUAGGCUUUGCCUUUGCCCUGGGCAUGAUCCUCACAACACACCUCCUCAAACGAUUCAACAAUGAAGAACAGACCAGCGAGGCGUUCAAUACGGCUGGAAGAACUGUCAAGUCUGGACUUGUAGCUUCGGCUGUGGUUUCAUCAUGGACGUGGGCGGCUACGCUCCUACAGUCCAGCGGCGUGGCGUACCAGUAUGGUGUAUCUGGGCCGUUUUGGUAUGCUUCUGGGGCUACGGUUCAAAUCCUACUAUUUGCAACACUGGCAAUUGAGCUAAAGAAGAGGGCACCAAGUGCGCACACGUUUCUAGAGGUGAUUCGUGCUCGUUACGGGAAAACAACCCAUUUGGUCUAUCUGUGCUUCGGCUUGUUUACAAACAUUUUGGUGACAGCAAUGCUGCUCACUGGUGGUGCUGCUGUUGUCAACUCGUUAACGGGGAUGCAUACUGUCGCAGCUUGUUUUCUUAUGCCACUCGGUGUUGUUAUUUACACCAUGUUUGGCGGUAUCAAGGCAACCUUCCUCACUGACUAUGUCCAUACCAUUAUCAUCCUUGCGAUCAUCCUGAUAUUCGCAAUGUCCGCAUACGCUUCUGGAGAUCAUCUUGGUUCGCCAGGCAAGGUGUAUGAUCUUCUCGUUCAGGCAGCGCAAACUCAUCCCGUAGAUGGCAAUGCGGAGGGUUCCUACCUCACGAUGCGCUCCAAGGAUGGCAUUAUCUUCUUCAUCAUCAAUAUCAUCGGCAACUUCGGCACGGUCUUCAUGGAUAACGGAUACUACAACAAGGCUAUUGCAGCUCAUCCCGUCGCGGCGCUUCCAGGAUACCUCAUGGGAGGACUGAGCUGGUUCGCUAUCCCAUGGCUCUGUGCAACGACUAUGGGUCUAAGUGCUCUCGCUCUAGAAGGAUCUUCUUCGUUUCCAACUUUCCCAGCAAGAAUGCCGGCUUCAGAUGUUUCUGCAGGACUUGUAUUGCCAUAUGCCGCCGUGGCGCUACUCGGCAAGUCAGGUGCUAUAUGUACACUGAUUAUGAUUUUUAUGGCAGUCACAUCAUCACUUUCGGCGCAAUUGAUUGCGGUAUCCUCUAUUGCCACCUACGAUUUGUACUUCACGUACAUCAACCCGUUUGCCACGGGUCGCCAGCUCAUGGUAGUCUCGCACUCAUCAGUCGCCGUAUAUGGAUCUGUCAUGGCUGCCUUUAGCGUCGGACUCUUCUAUGCAGGUAUCAGCAUGGGUUGGCUUUACCUUUGGAUGGGCGUCAUGAUCUCUGCCGCUGUGGUUCCAGCAGCACUAACUCUGCUCUGGAAGGGUCAGAACUGGUACGCCGCUACACUAUCCCCACCCAUUGGCCUAGUUUGUGCUCUCGUUGCUUGGUUGGUUACUUGCUACAAGCUCUUUGACGGAGAUCUCAGCGUAAGCAACCUCGGCAGUAACUAUCCCAUGUUGGCGGGUAAUGUGGUUGCGCUAUUCAGCCCUGUGAUUCUGGUUCCUGUCUUCACGUACGCAUUAGGCAAGGCCAACUAUGAUUGGAUGUCCAUGCUUGAGCUCAAAUCGUCAGAUGAUAGUGAUACAUCUUCUGGUACAGAAGAGAAAGAAGUAGCCGUCGAGACUGUUGUUUUGGGAAUGUCGACAGAGGAAUCGACGAAACUGCGCAAGGCAUCCAAAGUGGCUAAGAUUAGUACAACAAUUGCCACGCUUGGGUUCUUGGUUGUAUGGCCAAUGCCACUGUUUGGAAGUGCUUACGUCUUCUCCAAGCCCUUCUUUACUGGCUGGGUAUCUAUAGGAAUCGCUUGGUUGUUUGGGUCUUGUAUUUGUGUAGGACUUUUCCCUCUAUGGCAGGGCCGGGAGGGCAUUUAUCGCGUGUUCAAAGGUCUUGCCAAAUAUUUAACUCCUUGA